AUGAUGCAGCCCUGGUCCCCAUGGUCCCUGUACUGGGACCUGGAGUUCUUCACCAGGGAGCUCUGGGUCACCCUGCACCGCAUUGAUAACGCCUGGUGGCCCCAAGAUGUCACCUCCGACAAUGAUAGCCCUUUCAACACCCUGAGGCAGACCCUGGCCGCCUACAAGAGCACCCCAGGGACCACCUUGUUACCUGUGGGAUUGGCGGUUGGUGAGUGGCUGUGGUCGGUGUCUGCGCUUGUGAACAGCUGGGUCCGGCUGGCCAGGGCAGCCACCAAGCUCCGCAAGGCCUGCAGGGAUUUGGCCACCAAGGCGGCCGACAGGGUGGCCACCGCCGCCACCCAGCGCUUGGUGGCCGCGUGUGACAAAGCCGCCGCGUUCCCCCGGGAGCUGCUGCGCCUGCUCAGGGACACCAAGGCCACCUUGAAGGGGAUAAAUGAGGCAUCUCUCAAUGUCCUCAAGGGCUUGGUGGCCAAGGUGGCCCAGGCCGAGCGGCUGUGGGAGGCCAACGCCCGCCUGGCCAAAGAUCACCUGCUGGGGGCAGUUGACGACAUCAUCAAGGUCUAUUUCACCGGUGGUUGCGCCAGACCCAGUGCCUGUGAGGUGGCUGAGCAGUGUCAAAGAGCCAUCGAGGACAUCCCAAGGCUCCUUCGACCCCCAGAGCAUCCCCAGAGUGUCCCCAAUGUAUCCCCAGUGACCAUGGAGCCCCAAGAGGUGUCCCCUCCACAGCUUCAGGUGCUGGUGGCCGUGGUGGCCACCCUGGGCGAGCUGCUGGCCACCAUGACUGGGCCACACAGCGACAAGUCCCCAAACUCUUUACAUGAGGACCUGAAGAACUUCACCCGGAGCCUUCGUGCAAUCCUGAACCACAGCAAUGUCGCCUCCCUGGGCCACCCUGGUGUCGCCUCCCUGGGCCGGGCCCUGGCCACCCUCGGGGCCACCCCUGGGACCACCCGGGCCAAUGGGAGAGCCGCAGCCAAGGCCUGGCGGGAGUUGGUGGCCAGGCUCGUGGACAGCUGGGACUGGCUGUCCAGGGAGGCCACCAAGCUCCGUGACAACCACAGGAAGGUAAUCGCGAACCAGCAGCUGAUGGUGGCCCUGGACAAGGAGGAAGUGGCUGGGGAAAUGGCCACAUACAAUGCCCAGGUGGCGGCAGCCACCAAUGAGGCCAUGGGAGAGGCUAUGGAUCACCUGCUGAGGACACUUGGGGUCAUCGACAACAUCCUCUUGAGUCCCUAUGAUGGUUGUGGUGGCCCCGGUGGCCCUGGCAGCUGCACAGUGGCCAAGCAGUGCCAAAAAGCCAUCGAGGACAUCCCGAGGCUGCUGCAGGAAAGUUUCACAUGGGAGCACUGA